UUCAUUCAUUUGCCGGCGUAGGCCUUAGCGAUAGUGAACAUAGACUUGGGACAAGCUGCGCCGCGCUCGCGGUAAAAUGUUGCGUGCUGGUAUCGAAUGACAUAUUUUGAACGGACAGUUUUUUUUUAAUUUCUGUACAUUUAUAAAACAAAAAAGAAAUGAGCGAUUCAGCCACAAGUGAUCUGGAUGUGGAGAAGAAAGAGCCGAGUGUACCUUCAUCCCUCAAUAUCUCAAAUGCUUCUUUCGAAGAUCAACCUGAGCCCGUGGAGACUAUACAGAUAGGGAGCAGAUUCACACCUCCGAAAGGAGGACGGUCACCAUUUCAAGAGGUGGAGGAGUUGCUUGGGUCCACACAGCCGCAGCGACCCUGCACGCUUGUGUGGCGGGACCUCUCUGUACACGUCAAAUUAAAAGACGGCAAAUUGAAGAGACUUGUUAACAAUGUGAGCGGUAUAGCAAAGCCCGGCACGCUGGUCGCUCUCAUGGGACCGAGCGGUGCCGGGAAGACGACUUUGAUGUCUGCGUUAGCAUACAGAAACCCAAUUGGGACGUUAAUAGACGGCGACAUCGCAAUGAAUGGGUUACCAGUCGGCGACUUCAUGCACAGAGAGAGCGGAUACAUGCACCAAGAUGAACUAUUUGUGGAGAACCUUACUGUUAUUGAACACCUCUCUAUUAUGGCCCGUCUCCGUAUGGAUCGGCGAACUUCUUCGUUGGCACGACGAAGACGAGUCAACCAACUUCUAAGACAAUUGGGACUGUAUGGCUCACGGUAUACUCGCAUCGGAGGCUUGGAGGGACGCAAUACUUUAUCAGGAGGUGAACGAAAACGACUGGCAUUCGCUACGGAAUUACUAACCGACCCCGGACUAUUAUUUUGUGAUGAACCGACCACUGGAUUAGACUCGUCAUCGGCACAGAAGUUAAUGUCUUUGCUCCGAGCGAGUGCGGUUCAAGGCAAGACAGUUAUUUGCACCAUACAUCAACCUUCAUCAGAGUUGAUGGCAUUAUUUGACAAGCUGGUACUCCUCGCUGAAGGGAGAAUAGCAUUCGCGGGAAAUGCUUCGGGAGCACUCAGCUUUUUUGAAAGCCUCGGCUACCAUUGUCCAUUGACGUACAAUCCCACAGACUUCUUCAUUAAAGUGUUAGCAUUGACGCCUGGUUCAGAGGGCGCAUCGCGACACGCUAUCAAAAGUGUAUGCGACAGGUUCGCAGUCAGUGAUGCCGCUAAGGAGUUAGAUAUGGAAAUACAUCUUGAAUUCCAUCUCAUGGACCAUGAAGAUGAGGAAUCAAGACGUGCAAAAGAAGACAGUUUCAGACCACCUUUCUUCUUUACGAAGAUGAUUUGGCUGGUGUACCGGUACCUGCUAGUUAUAUUAAGAGAUCCACGAGUACAAUUACUACGUAUUUUACAAAAACUAGCUAUAGCAUUAACAGCGGGCUUGUGCUUCAUCGGUACCGCACAUUUGACACAGGCAGGCAUCCAGGACGUGCAGGGAGCCCUCUUCAUAAUCAUCGCCGAGAACACUUUCAGUCCAAUGUACUCUGUGUUGAAUAUGUUCCCUGAAGAGUUCCCGAUGCUGACCAGAGAGCUUAAAGCUGGCUUAUACUCCACGCCGAUUUAUUAUCUAGCGAGGAUGACUGCUUUGUUCCCUGGCCUGGUGAUAGAGCCAACGUUAUUUACCCUGGUGGUGUAUUACAUAGCGGGUCUGCGCGCUACCGCCUUUGCCUUCAGCUUUACUGUCUUCUUAUCAAUUAUUGUACUCAACGUCGCCAUUGCGUGUGGUUCAUUUUUCUCGUGCGCUUUCGGUUCAAUGCCGGUCGCCAUCGCCUACCUUGUACCUUUUGACUACACCUUGAUGUUGACGUCAGGACUAUUUGUCAAAUUAAGUUCAAUACCAAAAUAUGUCUCAUGGAUACGGCAUUUAUCGUGGGUAAUGUACUCCAAUGAAGCUAUGAGUAUCUUACAAUGGGAUGGAAUACAAAAUAUAACUUGCAUAGCGCCGGGCAACAUGACGGAUGGCCCCUGCCUGAGCACGGGAGACGAAGUGCUGGAGCAGUACGACUUCCGCAUAAACCAGUUCUGGACUGACGUCGUCGCCCUUCUCAUCCUCUGCCUUGGGUUCCAUCUCCUCGCACUUAUAGCACUAAGAUUUCGUACAAGAAGAAAAUAGACAAAUUUA